GGUCAUGGAUCCACUGCAGUUGGGAGAGUAUGUUGUUAGUGAUUAAACAAAGUAGACACUGUGUAGUAUUGCUAAAGUUAAAAAAGAGCAUCAGAAUGGGGAAGAAAUGUAAUUUAAGUGACUUUGGAUGUGGCAUGGUUGUUGUCAGAUAGCUUGGUCUGAAUACUUCAAAAACUGCCAAUCUACUGGGAUUUUCGUUCUCAACCGUCUGUAGGGUUUAAAGAGGUUGGUGAGAAGAAGAGAAACUAUCCAGUGAGUGGUAGUAAACUGGGUAAAAAUGCUUUGUUGAUGCCAGAGAAAAAACUGGUUUCUUGAACAUGACAAUGAGUUCACUGUACUUGGUUGUCCUCCAAGGUCACCAGGUCACAAUUCAGUAGUCACAUCAUGGAUGUGCAGCCAACAAAUCUGCAGCAGCUGUACGAUGCAAUCAUAUCAAUAUCGACCAGAAACUAUGAGGAAUAUUUCCAGCAACUUGUUGACUCUUUGCCAUGCAGAACCAAGGCAAGGGGGUCCAGCCAAGUACCAGCAAGUGGGAAUACAAGAAAAUAUUUGAGGAUGAAGCUGUGGGGAUGUGUGAAAAUCUGUAAAUAUUACCCAGCUACUUUAAUCACAGCCAUGAAUAUAUGCUGAAAGAGCAAUUUUCUUGUUUUGCAAAUUACUGACAACAGGUUAGCAUUUAAAUCCUUAAUGACAAAGUGUUAGUGACAUUAAUGAAGAGCUGUGUUUGUAAUUGCUUUGAUGUUGAAAUGAAACUUAACAGCUCUUACUUAUAUGGAAGGCCAUGAAGACUUGAAGUUUUAUGCUUCAUGAUUUCGUAGGAAGAAAAGUUAUAUUUUUAAUUUUCCACUUGUGUAACACACAAAAGAAGCAGAAUAAUGUUCCUCUUGCAUUUAUUCUGUCUUUACAUUGUAUCCUUGUUUGUCUGUGACAAGCCUUCAUGCUUUCAUUUCUUUCUGGUUAUGACAGCAGCAUAUUUACAGACCUGGUUGACCAGAUAAUAUCCUUAGCAACUACAAACCAUGAAGGACAGCUCAUUUGACAGAUCUCCAUGAGUUUUGACAUAUCAUAGGUGUGGUAGUUAAAACUAUCUUGGAACGAUUCCCAGUGGCAGCUGGUUAUACCGCCUCCACCCCAGGUUGGAAUGCUUAGCAACCUACAAACUGAGAAACCUGUUGUGUCAAAAAAUAUAUUUACUAGUGCACUCAUGUAUGAAUGUGUUUAAAUUCGGGAGUGGCUCAGGCGAGACACCUCAUCUGAGCAGACAGCUUUUGCCAGUCGACUGGGAACUAACAUGUACUGAAGUUGUCUGCGUGAGAAAUAUAACCCAGUGCCAACCAAAAAAACUCAGUAUUGACAAAAGACAGCACAUGAACGCAACUUCGUAGACCUUAAACACUUGAGGAUGAGUGAACACUACAGAGAAAGCUACUAUGGAUCCUCGUCCUCGGACCUGAGAUUGCUUCUUAUGGGGAAUAUCGGAUGUGGAAAGACGGCAUUAGCAGACACUAUCCUGGCCCAGCUUUCCCCCAUUUCUCCCGGUUCCUCCAGGAGCUGCCAGCUACGGCAGGGCUUCAUUGAAGGCAGGAAUGUGACCCUGGUGGAGGCACCGAGAUGGUACUGGAGUGGUGGCAAGAUGGAGGACGGUGUCAAAAAGGAGACACAGCGAGCAAUGACUCUGGUACCACCAGGCCCACAUGCUAUUUUGCUGCUGGUGCCUGUUAACCAAUUCACAGAGGUGGACACACGUGUGCCUGCAGAGUUGGAGGAAUUGUUUGGACAGGGGGUGCUGGACCACACCAUAGUCAUGCUGACCUGUGGGGACUACUUGAUGGGAAAAACAGUGGAGGAGUACCUGCAGAAAGAGGACCCAGGCCUGAGGCAGGUAAUCGAGUGUUGCGGAGGGCGGUACCAUGUCAUCAAUAAUCGUCAGCGACAGGAUCGGGACCAGGUCCGUGAGCUGCUGGAAAAGGUGGACAAUAUGGCGCAGAAAAACGGGUUAUACUACAUGAAAACAGUCCAGGAUAGAGAGCUGGAUAAACGGGUGAAAGAAAAAAAGGAGAAACUUAUGGAAAGUUUCAGGGCUCAAAAGGAAGAGAAGAAAAAGACCCACACAUCAUCUUAUACCCCGAACACAGAAACAAUUGGUCAAGAGGAAGAGUACUUCAAUGCCAUAUCAACAGAGAGAAGGAGGAGACAAGAAGAAAAGGAGGAAAUGGUGGAAGGAGUUAAGGUGACCCAGGUGUCCAAUGAGUAUGUCAGUGCCAUAUCAACAGAUUCAAGGAGGAGAAUAGAAGAAAUGGAGGAAAUGGUGGAUGGAGUUAAGGUGAGCCAGGUGUCCAACAGGCUUCAUUCAGCUCCAGCUCUAGAGCGACAGCCAUCCUCCGAGCUCUGUGAUAACAGGGAGUUAAAAAGGACACCCAGUUUCAAACUGAAUCGAGAUGGAGCUAUACUCUCACAAAUGUCAGAGGGUAGAUCAACUCAAAAAGUGAUCUCUACUUUUCACCACAGAAUUAACAGCUUUGAAGAGAGAUCACCCGAGGCUUCGCCUACCACUACUCCUCAUUCGCCCGUCUUCUCCUCUUCCCCCCCCUUUUCACCAACUUUUGCUGCCUCUCCUUCCUUGCUCUCCUCAUCCAGCUCAACCCCUUCUUCCCCCUCGUUGUCCUCAUCCUCAUCUUCUCCGGAGCUUCGUCUGGUGUUGCUUGGAAGAUCUGGAUCAGGGAAGAGUGUGGCUGGCAAUGAAAUACUGGGGCAGGAAGCCUUUGAGUCACGUCCAGACAGCCUCAUACCAAUCACACAAUGGUGUGAGAAAAAGAAGGCAUUGGUUAAAGGAAGAAGGGUGGCAGUGGUGGAUACCCCAGACUGGUUCAAUUCAGAACGCACUCCAGAUGAGGUGCGAGCUCAGAUCUCCUCCUGUGUGGCUCUGUCCAGUCCCGGCCCCCACGUCUUCCUCUAUUGUGUUCCCUUAGACCAGCCAGCAAAGACCGAGCUGCAGGCUCUUGGGGCACUGGAGGCUGUUUUUGGACCCGAAGCAGUCUGGAGACACACUUUGGUCCUCUUUACUUAUGCUGAUCGACUCAGGGCAAGUGGGAAGGCCAAAAAUAACAACAUUGAGGCAUACAUCGCUGAUAAGCGAGGGGAUUUGUUGAAGAUUGUGGAGAAAUGUGGGGACAGAUUUCAUGUUUUGGAGACAGAAAGAGGUGGGAGAGAGAGGAGCAAUGUUGCCGACCUGCUAGAAAAGGUGGAGCAGACAGUGAAGGAGGCCGGGGGCCAGUAUUAUUCUUGUCCUGCUUUUCAGGAGGCCGAGAACAGAGUGAGGCAGAAACAGCAAGAGAUGGCAAGAGAGAAACAAGGCGAAAAGCUAGCAAGAGUAGAGGAUGUUGGCCCACUCAGCUCUGAAAGGCGAAAGCUUUAUCCUUACAUGCAGUCUGUUUCUGAGGUAGACGAGGAAGUGACGGAGGAUGACAUUGAGAAAAUAAGGGAUGAGGCCGAGAUGAGUGUAAGUACUAUGAAUAUUGAGAGUCUUCCUCCAAUUACACUUUCAACCUUAUCCCCUUCACUACUUAGUUCCAUAAUGGAGAAGAUGAGUACGGGUGCAAAGAAUUUACCCAAGCUGUUGGCAGAUAGCUCUGUGUGGGUUGGAGAGGGAGCACAGAGGAUGAAAAAUAGUGGAAUGUGGGAAAAAGUUGGCACUAGUGCACAAAGCGUCCAAAAGAUGGUGGUUGAUAGUUCUAUGUGGGAGAAGGUAGGAGUUACUGCAGGAAAUCUCUCCAAAGCAGUAGGUAAUAAAGUUCCCAAGGUAGUGGUAGAUGGUUCUGCAUGGGUGGGAUCUGGAGCAAAAGCAGCGGCUGCAAGUCCAAUGUGGGAAAAAGUGGGUUCAGGGGCCAAACUCAUGGCAGAGAGUUCCAUGCAUGUUGGAGCUGGAAUUGGAGCUGGGGCAAAGAAUUUGGCACAGAGUCCCGUGUGGGGAAAAGUAGGCUCUGGAGCCAAGGCAGGGGCCAAAAUGGUGGCUGAGAGUUCAGUGUGGGAGAAAAUUGGGAAUACAGCUAAACAGGUGCCCAAAGUAGUCAUUGGCGGGGCACUGCUGGGUCUGGUGCUCGGUGUGUUUUUGGGCGGUGUGAUUGGCGGAGCUGUUGGGGCAGCUGCUGGAUCUGCAGUAACGGAGGUGGGCAGGCGAAAACUCAGCAAGAAAAGCACAGCAGAAAAGACAGAAGACGCUGCAAGAAAUGUUGACAGAACAGUAAACAAGAACAUUGACGCAGUGAGAAAACAGGGAGAGAAAUUUUUGAAAACUGAAUGAAGGACUGACAGAUGUUUGUAUAUAAAAUGUAUAGCAAAUGUAAAAGUGCUUUUUUUUUCUCUUGUGAAAUAAUAUUUUCAGCAAAUGAAAAAAUGCUUUUUGACUGCUGCGUCAUUUUCGAGGCAUAAAAUACACUUUAAGAUGAAUUUGAUUUGAGAUGAUUAACUUCAAUUUAUCGCUACAUUUACAUGUUUUAUUGAGACACGUGAUAAGUACAGAUGAGUGUGACAUUUAUUAAUAGAUGAAUUACACAUAUAAAUAUUGAAGCAAUAAUAUAUAAAUUAAAAUACUUUUCUGAAUGUUGAUACAUGUUUGCAAGACAUCAAAAUAUGCAAAGGAAUAAUAAAAAGUAUGACUAUUUUUGAUAAUGUCAUAGGUAGUCAUUUAACAAAACGAGUGACCAAAGAAUAUUAAAAUCUGUAUAUUGAAGGAAAUUCUAUAAAUUAAGUCGCAGUGCUUUUUUGAUUAAAAGUUUUCAUCAGAAAGUCAUUGCAUUUUUGUGUGUUUUUAAUGCUGAACCACAGAGCAUGAAAAAUUCUUUAAGAACAUUUUUGAUUUAACAACAAUAGACAGUUUUUCACUUUUUAACCUUUUAUAUACUGAAUUUGGUUUCACGUUUAUGAAAUCUUUGACGGUAUUUUCAGCCAGCGAAACCUGCUUCAUGACUACAAACAUUAUGACAUUACUUCUCACAUUCAGAUUUAGGCCGUAAUGAAUGUGUCAAAUUCAGUUCAGUAAGAGAUUUUGCAUUUGUAAUUAUUUAUUAUAGCGUCACAGUAUAGUUACUUUGCAUCUAGCUUGAGUUCAUCAUGUUGCUUUUAUAAAUUGAGAAGUGAUAUUUUUCUCCCUGUAGCCUACAGGUGAAUGCUGGGGUGGUGGAGGGUUUGAAAAAACAGGCAGCUCUGCAGAAGAGCAGAGGUAUUGACCGUAAAAUGAUACGAGGCAUUUACCUGUGUAAGACUUAACACAGAUCAAAUUGUAUGCUUGAACUAUGAACCUUAUUGCAAAAAGGGACAGAGUUUAAGAUUUAAGUAAAAAGAACAAUGCAAAAGUUUGGAAAUGUUAAACUAAAUUUAUUCACAAUAGAAGGCAGAGAAUUUGUGCCAAAUGUGUUCAGUUUGUGAAAUUACCCAGCCUCUCCUAGUAAACCAUGCUGUUGUAACAGAUGCUGUAUGCAUCUAUUGCAGCUUGUUGAAAUAUGCGAUGCCUUCCCUGGAAAAAAGAUGUCAUCUGCAUGGAAGCAUAUAUUGUUCUAAAAACCAUGUAUACCUUUUAGAAUUCAGCCAUUUCCGUGCACACUAAUGCAACCCCAUACCAUAAGGUCUGAUAACAAGCCAGAUGGUUCCUCUCCUCUUUGGUUUUGAGGAUGCAGCAUCCAUGUUCUCCAAAAAGAAUUUAAAAAUAAGAUUUGUGUAACCACAGAUCAAUUUUCAACUUUGCCUCAGUUUAUUUUCAAUGAGCUUUGGCCCAGAGAAGAUGGCAGUGUUUCUAGAUCAUGUUCGCAUAUGUCUCCUUCUUUGCAUGAUUUAGCUCUAACCUGCAUUGUGGAUGGCACAGUGAACUGUGCUCAAAGACGAUGGUGUCUCUUCUUGAGCCCAUGACAGAGUCAUGCCUGUAUUUAGUGCUGCCUGAGACCCCAAAUGUCAUGGACAACUAAUAUAAAUUGUUGGCCUUGACAGAGAUUUCUCCAGAUUCUUAGAAUCUUUUGAUGCCAUGUAGCGUAGAUGAUCCAAAGUCAACAUUUUGCUGAAAUUGUUGUUUGUAGAUGCAGUUUUCUGCCAAUUAGUGAACCUCUGCCCAUCUUUGCUUUUGAGAAACUCUGAGAAAAAGAUGGUCUUUUUAUACAGAUUCAUGUAAAUGUCCUUUUUUCAGUUAACCUAAUUAGUUGCAAAAUGUUCCUCCAGCAGUGUCUUUUUAGGAAUACUUAAUUUUCCAGCCUUUUGUUGCCCCAAUCCAGCUUUUUCGGAUGUGUUGCUGAGAUUAAAAUGAGAUAAUAUUUUUCUUAAAAUAGUGAAAUCUCCGUUUUUUUAAACAUUUGAUAUUUUUUCUUUGUUCUCUUGUGAAAAAAAUAUGUGUUUACGACAUUUGCAAAUCACAUCGCUAUUUUUUUGUUUACAUUUUAGACAGCAUCCCCAAAUCUUUUGGAAUUGUGUUUAUAGUUUGCAGAAUUCACUCCAUUUAUUAGAUUUAUUGACGUAAGUGGGUGUGCUUCUGGUCGUAAGAGGGGCACAACUGAGGGUGGGAGAAGGAGGUAGGGUGGAGGCAGUGGCAUUAUCUCUAAGUCCCAGGCUGGCUAGCAUGACCCUGCGUGGCCUCCUGUAUCAGAAGUAGAGAAGGUUGACACCCCAGCAGUUUGAAUUACCAUUUUGAGGGUUUAUUUCCUGAACUGUACUGUGCAGCCAUAAAAAUAUUUUUGAAUAAAUAACAGUAGUAGCAAUAAUAAUAAUACAUUUCAACAGUUUGCUUUUUUAUCGGGACAAGCUUACAAGAUAAAAUAGGUUAAUGUCUAACCCAUAAAUCAUAUGUUGUUAAAGAACUCAAAUAAGUUUAGUGUGUUAUCCAAAAAAUCUUUGAAAAAUUCUAUUUGUACAACUGCAAAGUGAAACACUAGCUUUAAUUUGCAUGACCCCUGCUUCAGUCUGUAAUCCUCUCUGAGGUUUCAGAGUGAAGCAGGGAGGAGACGGACCAGCUCAGCACAGCAGAGUGGGCAGAUGCAGUCACAGCAAUGUUGUGAAAGCAGUUCUUCCUGUUGUAUGAUCCUGAAACCAAGUGUACAGGGCUUCCCAGGGCACCCUGGUGGCUGUUUUCUCUUUCUUUUCCCCCCCUCCUAUCUUCCCUUCUUCUAUGCAGCGGUUGCUACCCCACACAUCCAAACACCCAUCAAACAUGGUACAGUCACACCGCCACCACCCAACCUCCAGGAAACUCGUUGGCCGUAAAUGAGACAGCACUAACUGUAAGUGUUUCCUGGCCAAUUGAUAGACAGACACCCGCACCACGGCAACAGCUGCAAGCCCCCUCCCUCCCAAACACUUUUCACUUUCCUCCACCAUGCUGAACCCCAUCUCAACCGCAUCCCACAUCCACCCUGACCUUCCGCAAACACAACCACACACGAAAAAAUUGUUGCCGUCACACAGUUUUUUUCCCCUUGUUCUUCAACAUAUAACGCACAUACAUGCACACACUGUCUUCAUUUGAAUUCUACACAAAUUUUGCUUCUUGUUUUCUUGUGAUCACAAACUGUACCUAUGAUGUUGUAUUGUAUUUUUGUCAGACUGGGCAGUCAUCUGUAAAUCCUCCACCUGUAUAAAAAAGGCUAUAAAGUCUGCUUCUUGGGAAAACCUCA